GAGCCUCCCACCCGGGUGAAGUGUGCGGGCGGGGGCGCGUCGGGCUGCAGACUGUGCUGCGCGGGUCAGCGAGGUCAUGGCUGCGCGGCCCGUCACUCUCGGCAUUGACCUGGGCACCACGUCUGUGAAGGCGGCCCUGCUGGGGGCUGCGCCCGGCAACCCAUCCGAGUUCGUGGUCCUGGCGAGCUGUGCCCGGGCUGCACGGGCAGAGGUGGCGGCAGAGAGCACGGCGGCCGGGCCCCAGGGACGGGAGCAGGAUGUGAGUAGAAUUAUCCAGGCCUUAAACGAGUGCAUUGCUGCCCUUCCUCAGCAGCAGCUUCGGAACGUCGAGGGCAUCGGAGUGUCGGGACAAAUGCAUGGAGUCAUGUUUUGGAAAACAGGUCAAGGCUGUGAAUGGACAGGGGGAGGGGCUGCCCCCCUGUUCGAGCCCAGAGCUGUGAGUCACCUGGUCACAUGGCAGGAUGGCCGGUGUAGCAGUGGGUUCCUGGCCUCUCUGCCCCAGCCGGAGUCCCAUCUCAGCGUGGCCACGGGGUUCGGCUGUGCAACCAUCUUCUGGCUUUUGAAAAAUCGCCCAGAGUUCCUGAAGUCCUAUGAUGCAGCGGGCACCAUCCACGACUAUGUGGUUGCCAUGCUGUGUGGCUUGCCGAGACCCCUGAUGUCCGACCAGAAUGCUGCCAGCUGGGGAUAUUUCAACACUCAGAGCCAAAGCUGGAACUCGGAGAUACUGAAGGGUUCAGGCUUUCCCAUCCACCUGCUCCCAGACAUCGCCGAGCCUGGCAGUGUGGCAGGCAGAACUUCCCACACGUGGCUUGAGAUCCCAAAGGGGACGCCGGUGGGAGUGGCCAUGGGUGAUUUACAGGCCUCUGUCUAUUCUUGCAUGGCCCAAAGGACAGAUGCAGUUCUCAACAUCAGCACCUCGGUGCAGCUGGCAGCCGCCAUGCCUGCAGGAUUCCAGCCGGCGCAGACCCCAGACCCCGCGGCUCCGGUCGCCUACUUCCCAUACUUCGACAGGACCUACCUGGGGGUGGCAGCAUCUCUCAACGGGGGCAACGCGCUGGCCACGUUCGUCCGCAUGCUGGCGCAGUGGAUGGCAGAUCUAGGCCUGGAGGUUGAAGAAUCCACUGUGUAUUCACGCAUGAUCCAGGCAGCUGUGCAGCAGAGAGACACCUGCCUAACCAUCACCCCAACAGUGUUGGGGGAGAGGCACCUGCCGGAUGAGCUGGCCUCAGUGACCAGAAUCUCCUCCUCUGACCUCUCCCUGGGGCACGUGACCCGUGCCCUGUGCCGAGGCAUCGUUCAGAACCUGCACUCCAUGCUCCCAUUUCAGCAGCUGCAAGAGUGGGGUGUGGAGCGGGUGAUGGGCAGUGGGAGCGCGCUGUCCAGGAACGAGGUGCUGAAGCAGGAGGUGCAGAGGGCCUUCCCUUUGCCGGUGGCCUUUGGGCAGGACGUGGACGCGGCUGUCGGGGCAGCUCUGGUCAUGCUCCAGAAAAACCUCAACCAGAAGUCUUAGCCAACUCUUUGGCCAAAGGACUGCUGUGAAUUUUACCCAAUUAACAUUCCUAAAACCAUCUCUGGAUCAUCCUUUUCCUGGACACUUCUGUGGACAGCUUUUAAGCAAUGCUUGUCACAAGGCACCGCCAUGAAUGAGAACUUACCCUCAA